CCCGGCGCUCCAUCAGCGUCAGUCAUCAGAAGAGCUUCUCCAGCGCUGAAGAAACAUCAUUCAGCGGCAGACAGCACUGCAUCCCUCAUCUCUGAUCGCUCGAUCCGUUCCCGCUGCGUCUGGUUCGAGCGCACAAUGGUUUUGGACGCUUUGGGGACGCGCACUAGCGGAUCCGCGGCGUGUCGGUGUCGUUUCCUUCACACAGAUGAACCAUGAGAUUGUGGGCUGAAGGGACUUCACCUGCGGAAUCCUCCGGCUGUGUUUUAGCUCGGAAGAAAACGCGACUGGCGUUCGUUCUGAGCCCAUGAGGGAGCGCGAGCGAAGCCAGAGGAAUGACUCGCCCUUCUGUAAAACUCCUCACAACUUUACUCGCGUGCUUGAUAGAAAUGCACAACUUCAGGAUAACGGCAGGAAAAGAGUACGAGAGAUUAACGGGACGUGAAUCUUCAUCUGCGAUGUCUCCCUCUGAUUUCCUGGACAAACUGAUGGGCAGAACGUCAGGUUACGACGCACGGAUAAGACCCAACUUUAAAGGUCCUCCUGUGAACGUCACCUGCAAUAUCUUCAUCAACAGCUUCGGCUCCGUGACAGAAACCACUAUGGACUACAGGGUGAACAUCUUCCUCCGUCAGAAGUGGAACGACCCUCGUCUGGCCUACAGCGAGUAUCCCGACUCGUCUCUGGAUCUGGACCCGUCCAUGCUGGACUCCAUCUGGAAACCGGACCUGUUCUUCGCCAACGAGAAGGGAGCCAACUUCCACGACGUCACAACGGAGAACAAGCUCCUGAGGAUCUUCAAGGACGGCACGGUUCUGUACAGCAUCAGGCUGACGUUGAUCCUGUCGUGUCCGAUGGAUCUGAAGAACUUCCCGAUGGAUGUUCAGACCUGCACCAUGCAGCUGGAGAGCUGUGCGUACUUCAUUCACACUGCUUCAUCUUCACUUCACUCAUCUCAUCUUUGUUUUGUCGGCUACACGAUGAACGACCUGAUCUUCGAGUGGCUUGAUAAAGGUCCAGUGCAGGUCUCUGAGGGUCUGACCUUACCUCAGUUCAUCAUCAGAGACGAGAAGGAGCUGGGAUACUGCACCAAACACUACAACACAGGGAAGUUCACGUGCAUCGAGGUGAAGUUCCUGCUGGAGAGACAGAUGGGUUAUUACCUGAUCCAGAUGUACAUCCCCAGCCUCCUGAUCGUCAUCCUCUCCUGGGUCUCCUUCUGGAUCCACAUGGACGCAGCUCCAGCGCGGGUCGCUCUGGGCAUCACCACCGUCCUCACCAUGACCACACAGAGCUCCGGCUCACGGGCCUCGCUGCCCAAGGUCUCUUAUGUGAAGGCGAUAGACGUCUGGAUGGCGGUGUGUUUGCUGUUCGUCUUCGCCGCUCUGCUGGAGUACGCCGGAGUUAACUUCGUCUCCAGACAGCAGAAGGAGUUUCUGCGGCUCAAACGAAGACAGAGACGAAACCAGAAGGAGGAGGAAUUACAGGACGGCCGUCUGCAUUUCUCCGGAUAUAACACCGUGUCCUGUGGGAACGUGAAGGACGGGACCACGGUCAAAAACACGCAGACGAACGCCAAUCCGCCGCCGGCCGUCCCGAAGGACACAGACAUGAACCGCAAGAAGUUUGUGGACCGAGCGAAGAGGAUCGACACGGUGUCACGCGCCGCCUUCCCUCUGGCCUUCCUCAUCUUCAACGUCUUCUACUGGAUCACCUACAAGAUCAUCCGACACGAGAGCGCCGGCAAAACCUGACGCAGACACAGCAUCUGACCAGCUUUCUACAGACGGUUUCCUACCAGACGCUGUUUUAUACCACUGUCUUUGGGAUGGUUUUUAUGGAUGGAGUCGUCACUCUUCUCCUCUUUCUAAUCACAGCUGAACAUGUUUUACUGCACAAACACAAUGUUGUGGAUUAAUGAGGACAUCCAGGUUAUAUCUCACCCACAAAUCAAUGGAAAUAUUACAUAUUAUUAAAAUGCUAUAGUAAAA